AUGUCGAACCGGUACGGCGGAGCCUACCGCAACGGCAAUGGCUAUGGCAACUUCGGUCGACGUGAAGAGGAUUACGAUCCUUACGGCGAUGGCUACAGCGGCGGCGACAGAGACAGAGACAGAGAAAGAGACAGGGACAGAGGCGACCGAUACGCCGUCGGCUCCCCGCCGAUGAACUCAUACUCCCGAUCCCCGCCAACCAUGCGGAACCCAGGGCCACCUCCCAUGCGCAGCCGCGAGCGAGUUCAAGAGACCAACGCCGAGCGACAAAUAGUACAGGUCCUCGAGCAUAUCAAGCAAGACUGGCCGGCCAUGUGUCAGACCGACUGCGUCCCCGUGCAGCUCGCCCUCCAGCUCCUCGAUACCAGCUCUGUCGGCCGCGCACACGAUUACCGCAAGUUCCAGCAGACGCACACGUACCUCCAAGACUCCCUCAAGGGCAUCGUCCACGAGCAUCACCAAGGAUUCAACAGCUCUAUCGGCACAUUCCACAAGAUCCAGGGUAGCAUUCAGGCGUCGCAGAAGAAGGUGCGCACACUCAAGGACUCGCUCUUGACGUCCAAGGUCAGCUUGUGCACGUCGGACCCGGAGCUUAAGAAACUCUCGGCCGCCUCGCAGGCUUAUGACGAACUGCUCACGACACUGAAUGAGCUGGAAGAGUUGAGAUUGGUGCCGGAUCAGCUGGAGGCGAGGAUCUCUGAGAAGAGAUUCCUGAGUGCUGUGGAGGUUCUGCAGAAUGCGCUACGGAAGCUGCGCAAACCAGAAUUGGAUGAUAUCGGUGCCUUGAGUGAUCUCAGGGGAUACCUGGCCAACCAAGAUACGGCGCUCAUGGAUAUUCUAGUGGAGGAGCUUCACGAGCAUUUAUAUCUGAAGUCGCCGUACUGUCAAGAGAGGUGGCAGAAUCUUGCCAAGACGCAAGGAGCCUCUAAGGAGGGCAACUAUGAGGCAAUCACGAUCGCGCCUUUUCAUCAGAUCUUGGACUCUAUGGACUUUGAAGGGAAGGCAGCUGAGGACCCGGCUAAGAACCCAGAAGCCGACACGUUCUCCUAUGUUACGCUGUUGGUUGAGGCCUUGAACAAGCUGGGAAGGCUGGAGACGGCCGUAGAUACCCUCAAGCAGAGGCUGCCCGUCGAGCUCUUCACCAUUGUGAACGAGACUCUCAACGAAGUUGAUCAGCGUCACCCAAGCUCACUCAGAGGCGGCUCUGCCAAUACCCAGGGGCUGCAUAUCUACGGCAACAGGGAGACACAGAUGAGAGCUGAUGUGAUUUACGACCUUCUGUGGACGCUCUUCGGCAAGUUCGAAGCCAUUGCAGAGGGACACCGCGUCUUCCACGAAUCCAUCAAGGCACUUAUCCGGAGAGAAGGCGCUGGAAACAACAGCGCCUUGCUUGGGAGCUUCAAGGAGCUUUGGAAUCUGUACCAAAACGAGAUUCGUUCCUUGCUACACAACUAUGUUACGACAGAUGCCGAUGUCUAUCAGUUCAACUCAUCACCAAAGCCCGGCGCCAACAUCAACGGCAAGAAAGACGCUGCCAGGGAACACUUGUUCAAGUUUGCUGAAGGUGAUCCUAAGGCUGUGGAUAUGACGACGGAAUAUGAAGCCCUCGAGGGCAUCAUCCGCGCUGCUGUUCCUGGCCUGACAGAUACCUCCCGCAAGGGCGCGGACAAGAAGCGGCCAGCGUUGGAAGCUAACACUAAGAGGGUCACGGCAACGGGUUGGGAGAACAAGCAGACGCAGGGCACCUACAAAUCUCUCGUCGAGCCAAGUGUUUUCAACAUGAGUCUGCUCCUCCCGCCUACACUCGUCUUCCUACAAAGGUUAAAGAUGAUUGUUCCUCCCGGCUCAGAUCUCGCCACGAGCACUCUGACGUCGUUCCUGGAUAACUUCCUGGUCAACGUCUUCCAACCGCAGCUGGACGAGACGCUGGGCAAGCUGAGCGACACCAUCUUUGGCGAAGUCGACUCGUUCCUCCAGGACCAGGAGUGGACGCAGGUCGCCAGACGGCCCGUUUUCAAGGGCACCACGGCUUUCUUCGCCGUCGUGACCGCCUUCUGCCGCAUGCUGGGCACCAUCCCCCACGACCAGGCCCUCAGCACUCUGAUCAUCACCCAGAUGAUGAGGUACUACGACCGCUGCUUCGAAUGGUACAAGUCCCUCGUUAGCAAAACUCAGGCGCAGACUGGCGAGCCCGCCAAGCUCCGCAUGUCUGCCGCCAUGGCCCUGGAGGAAGGCGAUGUCCACGAGACCAUGAAGCAGCUCUGGACCUCCGACACCCUCGAGCGUGACCUCCUCGACAAGGAGGUCGGCCUGCUCAUCGUCCAGACCAACGAGAAACGCAUGGAGCUCGCGGACAUCAUCACGGACAAGGACACAAUUUCCUCACUGUGUCUCCUGUACACCAGCAUGAAGUGGCUCGCCGUCAAGAUCUCGGGUCUGCGUCACAUCACCCGCAACGAGUCGGACUCCUCCCGGCCGCACCUCAACAGGGGCUCCAGCAAGCGCUGGACCCUCAUGAACGACCCCAGCAAGGCCACCAACGAAGAGGGCCCGGUGUACCUCCCAAUGACGCAGGAAACAGUUCAAGCCUUUGACGGCAUAGUCUCCUCCUUCGAAGAACUGGCCGGCACAGCCCUCCUGACGCUGCACAUGGAAAUCCGCACCGAGAUAAUCUACUCCCUCCGCACCGCCCUCUCCCCGGACAAGGCCCCCUACCUCCUCGACCAGGAAGUCACCGAACCGGACCCCCAGAUCCUCACCCUCAACUCGGACCUCGUCCUCUACGACGAGACCAUCACGAAGUACCUCCGCGCCAAGGAGACGGCCUUCAUCCGCACCGGCCUCGGCCUCCUCAUCAACGGCUACCUCGUCACCAACGCCGCCUUCGUCUCCCCCAUGAACGCAAAGGGCUGCGGCCGCAUGCAGCUCAACAUCCUCGUCCUCCAGCAGAACCUCAAGAACGUCGAGGAGGGCGUCGACCUCGCCCGCGCCAGCAACUACUUCGCCCUCUUCGACAAGGGGCCCGACGCCAUCGUCGACAAGGCCCGCGAGGACAAGGACAAGGACGAGCACGCCGACCAGAGCGACACCUUCACCUACGAGGAGCUCAGGACCCUGCUCGAGCUGUGCUUCAGCGAGCAGCUCGCGAACCCGGAGCGGGGGAUCGCCAGCGCCGCCAAGAGGCAGAUGGCCGACAAGAUGCUGGGUCUCAGCGAGUACAUGUGGCAGAGCUGA